AUGGCUAUUCAUAAGAGCCUUCUUGAAGUAACUUUCACUGGCGUAGUUACCCUCAGGCUCAGAAUCCACUGGCAAGAGCACAUUUGCAAAGGGAUCAUCUCGCUUGUGGGGAUAAACGUAUAUCUUCAGGCUUCUGUUCAUCUCCUUGUAGUUCUCCAGAAAGAUACUGCUCUCAUGGAAUACCUCUCUGUUAUUCACAUUGUUCUUCGUGAAGACAUCUCUGUCUGGAAAGGAGUUCCAUCGACUCCGACCAGUUCUGGCAAUCCACGAGACGAAAUUUCAAGAGGAGUCUCCAGCGCAAUUCUGGGGGCUGUAUUUAUCUGUGUAGUGAUGGUUGAAAACCCAAGUGGUGGUUCUAUGCGAAGGUGAUGGAUAUGGUGAAGGAUUAGUUUUGAUGUCAAAGAGAUAUAGAAGGGAACGAAAAGGAAGGUGAUGAAAGCUAAGCUGGCAGGUA